ACGCGGAAGAGCCCGAGGCUGCUGCUUCAUCUUCCGCCCAUACGCUUUGCACCACUCUGCGUUCGACCACGCAGACAGCCAUACCAGCAUGCUGCGGCCAAGACCUUCCGAGAUCACAUUGACUCCUGCAGAUGUCGAGGAAACACGCCGUCGCAUCGAAAGCAGACGAGCCGCCGGCCCGUCCACCAACAUUCCUACGAGGAUUCGCGGGCCCUCGCUCCCUUCUGCAUCGCGGCCACGACUGAGGCGUGGACCGGAACGCUCUCGCAACGCCGCUAUUGCGAGCCUUGGCAACAUCCCUCCUCAUGCGGUUGUCCAUGCUACAGUGAACCCUCCGAGUGACCAUCGCCCGGAUUCUCUUGUACAAGGAAGCGAGAGCGACAUCCUCGAUGGUCUGUCCCUUCCGAACGAGCAGGCGCCGCCUAGCUCAGGUGCAGCGUCGAGUGCAUCCCCGAGAUCGCCUCUAACCUUGCAACUCCCAUUCAGGCACGCCCCCCGGGAAAGAGGAUCUGGUACACAAUAUACCUCGGGGGUUACUUCUGAGGGAGAUGCUGAAGAAGAACCAUCUUCAUCUCCGCCAAAACAGCAGUCCCUGUCCUCCACACUUGACCAACCAAGGGCCAGCACAUCUGAGGAUGGCAAUGAAGGACCGGCACCACCUCGAAUAUCUGGCUCCGCUGAUGGAGUGACGGAAGUCUCAGAUAUCCUGAAUACGCCAGGUAGAACCAGGGCUCACUCCAUACGUCAACAUAGCACGCAUGCCCCGUCUCCUUUGCAACAGAUGCAAACCCUCAGCUCGCCUUCACAACCAGAGAGCAGGCCUGGACACAUUGUUCAUCGGUCUGAAGAUGAAGGACCUGAGGGUUCUUCCACAAGGUAUCUCCAAGGGUACUUCCAUUCACCUGAUCGCUAUCGGUUGAGAGAAUAUCAACCGCAUACGGAGCCACGUCCGCGCAACCAGGGCUCAUCGUUCCGCGCCCGAACCAUGUCCUCUAGCAGCGAACCAUUUUAUCCCACCCAUGUGCAAAGACCAGACCGUUCUGAGCCUUCGGCGGACGAUAUCUUCUGGAACCCUCCCGCGCCCGACCCCCCAUCUCAAUCAAGACGCGAAACAUCAGAGGCUCUCGAAGAUGAAGAGGUAGAGGAGAGGUACCAUCCACUCAGAGACUGGUUUUCAGCGACUGCAAACAACAACGCUCAAACCUAUGUCAAUCCUUAUCGGGAAGCUCUUGACUUAGAUGGGAUGCAACAUGCCGCACAAAACCUUGUGCCCCAGGGUGUGAAUGUUGGAAGACACGCUGGCCAUAGAUUCAGCAGUGGCGCAUCUUCUUCAAGCGCAGCCUACUCCUACUACGAGCUCCCCGGAUCACGGCGGUCCAGCGGCAAUCUGUCACAAGGUAUGCUCGGACAGUCACAGUACGAUGGCGCUGCUCCUUCGAGACAGCUUAGCCAAGGGGUUUACUACUCAAUCCGCCCUUCUCAAGUCCGUCCUCUGAAUGAAUCCCGCCUUCGCCCGCCUCCGCCGUCGAGAGUGCCGAGUCGUUCUUCGCCCGAUCUGACGGGAAUGGGUCAACCGGGUAUCUCCCCAUUGCCUGCCAUCCCUUAUGCCCGUAUGCAUGGUGGUCAGAGUAUUCCGAGGCCCGAAUCAGGUCUCGUCGACCCAAAUGACUUCGUGGGUGGAGAUAGAGAUGCUGCAAUUGCUGCACAGCGUGACCUCUCGUCGCCGUUGGAUCUGCUCGAGGAGCGUGCGAGUUCGUAUUUCACUCGAAUCGCAGCAAGCCAGCGGUUAGGGCACUCGGGAUCUGAUGCAGCAGUUCCAGCCGUGUUCCAGCAUCAGGUCCCGCAUUUCGACGCACCACCAGCACGCCAGAGAAGAGGAUCGGGGUCGGAAAGCAUGCGUCAUGUGUCUGGUAACAGCGUUUAUAGUGGGAGGGGCGCGGGAUACCUCAAUUAUAGGCGAGCAGCUCAGCAACCACAUCGCCAAGCCGAGCAGCCAUCUUCACCGGAAAUUGCACCGCAAGCCCAGCGUCGAGAUGCGCCAGUUGCACGGGCGGGGCAACGCUCCAGCGAGAAUGCUCCCGUUGCCAGCUCUUCCCAGGAAGGCCAUCCAAGUCGCACAAUCCAGGCACAGGGUCCGAGGAUGAGCUUAGCCCGGACGCAAAAUGCUCCAUCAUCAGGUGCCAGCAUGCGCGGUGGCGAGCUCGCCGUUGCUCCAGUCCCACUACGCUUCAGCAUGCCGCAGCCAUCUGGCCCUCGCGACAUGUCCAAUCGGCCUCAGAGGCUGUCCCCACUCCAGGCGAGUGUUGGCCAGCGAUUCCGGCGAGACAGCGACCGCGGCGAUGAUGAGCUUUUCCGCUCCGAUACUCUGUCGCCAUACACGGACUACAGCCGCAUCCCACAACGAGUCCCAGUCGGCUCCCUCCGGGGACCCCCAAUUCCGCCCCGACACGCCUCACGCCAGCAAGAUAUAGACAUCCCACGCCGCCCUACAACUCGGUUAGACCACCACCCCAUCUCACACGCAUACCACGAACAGUCAGCACUUCCUCCUCCACCGCCCUUCAACCGCCACCAACCCGAGCGCGGACCCGCAUUAACCUCGACCACUCUGGACAUAGCAAGCGGCACUACGAGUCGAUGGUCGGGCAUGAAUCGAGCACCGACGUCGCGGCGCCGUAUCCCGCCACAGCAACGUAACCAGGAAAACUCGCUGGAGGCGGAGGAGCAGCUGAUGAGGGCGGAGAUGCAUGCGGCGAGUAUGCGGCAUGGCGAUGACGGACAGCUAGAUGUGUUGGAUGAGACACCGCCUAGGAUAGGGAGAUUUGAGCGAAGGAUGAUGGACUGAGUGCUUUUUUUGGGGAUGGUGUGGUGUGGUGUUGGAUAGAUGGGGCUGGGUAUGGGGGACAUGAUUUGUAUUGUUUGCGGAGAGACGAGAAUUAGUUCUUAGUUCGUGGUAUUACGCAGCGGAUAGAUC